UGAUUUCUAAUUUAUAUAGAUCAUAAGAAUUCAGUCUGUCGGUCAAAUGUGAGCCUGUCAAAUACUAAAUAGCAAAUGGAUGGGUGGUAUUCAAUCCUAGUUAUGCUCAGAGUGGAUCUAUUGAUGGAUCCAUUGAUCUGACUAAUUCCUUAAUUUCAGUGGGUCUAUUCUGAGUAGGACUUAGUUGAAUGCAACUGAAUGUCUAGGGAGGAUUGAUAAUACAAAUAAGCAUAGUAUUUGAGUCGUGGAAGGGCUUGUCCUUAUAUUUUGUUUAUCUUUUAAAAAGAACUAUUCCCCCUCCCUUUGGUGAAAAAGUCCCACUUGACGAAUCUCAGCCACCUUCAUAGUAAUUGCCCAAUCAGGGUUUUCACACUUGGCAGCUCCUGCUGUGUGUCACACUGCUAAAAGGAGCAUUUUCUGUGUUUGGCUAGUCAACGGAUGUUAUAAUGUUGUGAGUCAUGCUUCUGUUGAUUUUAUAGAACAAACACGGAGUAUAUAUAGAGGUCAAUUGGGAGCACACAGGCAGAUCCAUUGACAGAGGGACCGAAGUGUUCUAAGGCUCCAAGGCUGGGACGCCGAAGCGAAAGAGACAAUGAAGAGCUUCCUACUGGCGAUUGCGCUCUAUGGAGCACUUUCUUGUGCUUUGCCCUUAACCCAGGAAGCUGAUCAAGUUGCAGAAGCGGACCUGGAUUUUGCCAAGAAAUACAUAGAAAACUACUAUCCUGAUUCCGCAUCGACGCCUGUCAUAAGAAGCAAAGGAAGUGACGAUAUUCCUGCUGACAAAAUACGGCUGAUGCAGGAACGCUUUGGGUUGAAAGUGACAGGCAGAUUGGAUUCAAACACUUUGGCUUUAAUGAGGAAGCCCAGGUGUGGGGUUCCUGAUGUAGCAGAAUACAGCACCUUUCCUGGGGAUCCAGCAUGGAAGAAAACAAAACUGACAUAUAGCAUUCUGAAUUACACGCCAGACAUGGACCGCGCUGAUGUGGAUGUCGCCAUCGAGAGAGCUUGGAAAGUUUGGAGUGAUGUGACUCCCCUCACCUUCACCAGGGUUUAUGGGAAACCUGCAGAUAUUGAGAUCUCAUUUGCUGCUAGAUCUCAUGGUGACUAUAUCCCAUUCGAUGGACCAGGUGGGCAAUUGGCUCAUGCAUUUUCACCUGCUUACGGUGGAAAUGCCCAUUUCGAUGAGGAUGAAUCCUGGGUGCGGGAUUUAACAGGAGUCAACCUUUUCCUUGUUGCUGCUCAUGAGUUUGGUCACUCACUGGGUCUCAGGCAUUCUGGCAUUUGGGGGGCUCUGAUGUUUCCAACUUAUCAAGCUACGGACCCGCAAAACUUCAGGCUUCACCGAGAUGACAUUGAAGGCAUCCAGUCCCUUUAUGGACCCCCUGAAGGUGGUGAGAAUGGUGAUGGUGAUGACAGUUCAUCAGGAAACCCAGAGCCAGCAACAGAGGCACCAUCCACAGACUUGUGUGACCCUCGCCUGGCUUUUGAUGCUGUUUGCUCUCUCCGAGGGGAAACCAUGUUCUUUAAAAACAACUUUUUCUGGAGAAAGAAUCCCCAGAGAAGAGAUGUUGAAAAGGUUCCUAUUUCUGCUUUCUGGCCAUCUUUGAGCAAGGGCAUAGACGCCGCGUAUGAAGUUAAGGCUGAUGACACAGUGUUUCUCUUCAAAGGACACAAGUAUUGGGCCACCAAGGGAAAUAUUAUACAGAGAGGCUUCCCCAAGAAUAUUCACAGCCUGGGCCUCCCCAAAAGUGUUAAGAGCAUUGAUGCAGCUGCUCAUGACCACAACUCAAAGAAGACAUAUUUCUUCUCUGGAAACAGUUACUGGAGAUAUGAUGAAGCCCAGAAGUCCAUGGAAAAAGGUUACCCAAGAAAGAUAUCAGCUGACUUCCAUCAGGUUGGCUCCAAGGUGGAUGCUGCUUUUCUGAACCAUGGACAUUUCUAUUUAUUCGUUGGCUCAGAGCAAUAUGAGUUUGACAGCGGAACCAAAAGAUUUAUCGGCAUCAAGAAGAGCAACAGCUGGUUCGGGUGCCAGUGACACGGGACAAAGAGUGAUGCAACCCAGAAGAAGGGAAUCUCCUGGGCAUUGUGUUUGUUGGCCUGUCCUGUGGUUGCAUGAGCCACGGAACAAGCUGCGUUUUGAAUAAGGAGCUUCUAAAAUGGAAAAUCCCCACUGUUUUAAACUUACGAUAGAUCUUAAUUAUUAUUAUUU